ACAGUCAAGACCGACGAGUUUACACUAAAGCGUUGAGUAGCACACAGGCGUCUCUGUUUUUUCAAACGCGAUCAUUUGUUAUUCUGGCGGAACAAACAAUUUUUACUUGUACAUUUUAUCUAAUAUGAGCAAUAUAUUCGCAAUCGAGGAUGAUCAAUACGAAGACGAGGAUGCGGAGGAGAUCUCGUCGAAGCUGUGGCAGGAAGCCUGCUGGAUCCUCAUUAACGCGUACUUUGACGAGAAGGGCCUCGUACGACAACAAUUGGACAGUUUCGAUGAAUUUAUCGAGAUGUCUGUUCAGCGUAUUGUGGAGGACUCGCCGCAAAUCGAUCUGCAGGCGGAGGCGCAACACACCACCGGCGAAAUAGAGAAUCCCGUGAGGCACUUACUGAAAUUCGAGCAGAUCUAUCUGUCGAAGCCGACCCAUUGGGAGAAGGACGGCGCACCGUCUCCCAUGAUGCCCAACGAAGCUAGACUGAGAAACCUGACGUACUCCGCGCCGUUGUACGUAGACAUCACCAAGACAAUCGUGAAGGACAACGAGGACCCUGUUGAAACGCAGCAUCAGAAAACGUUUAUCGGCAAAAUACCAAUAAUGUUGCGGUCCAAGUACUGCCUGCUCGCCGGUCUGUCCGACCGAGAUCUGACGGAACUGAACGAGUGCCCAUUGGAUCCUGGGGGAUACUUUAUUAUCAACGGGUCGGAGAAGGUUCUCAUAGCGCAGGAGAAGAUGGCGACCAACACCGUUUACGUUUUUAGCAUGAAGGACGGCAAGUAUGCCUACAAGGCUGAAAUCAGAUCUUGUUUGGAGCACAGUUCGCGCCCCACCUCGACCCUGUGGAUCAACAUGAUGGCCAAGAGCGGAGCGAGCAUAAAAAAGUCCGCAAUAGGCCAACGCAUCAUCGCGAUUAUUCCCUAUAUCAAGCAGGAGAUUCCCAUAAUGGUAGUUUUCCGCGCCCUCGGGUUCGUCGCUGACCGCGACAUCCUCGAGCACAUCAUCUACGACUUCGACGAUCCCGAAAUGAUGGAGAUGGUGAAGCCGUCCCUGGACGAGGCGUUCGUUAUACAGGAGCAGAGCGUCGCCUUGAACUUCAUCGGCUCGAGGGGCGCGAAACCAGGCGUGACCAAGGAGAAGCGAAUCAAGUACGCUCGAGAAAUCUUGCAGAAGGAAAUGCUGCCGCACGUUGGCAUAAGCGACUUCUGCGAGACGAAGAAGGCUUACUUUCUGGGCUACAUGGUGCACAGAUUACUGUCGGCGUCUUUGGGACGACGGGAGCUAGACGAUCGCGAUCAUUACGGUAACAAAAGACUGGACCUGGCCGGACCUUUGCUGGCAUUCCUGUUCCGUGGCCUGUUCAAGAACCUGAUGAAGGAGGUGCGUCUGUACGCGCAGAAGUUUAUCGACCGAGGCAAGGAUUUCAAUCUCGAACUGGCGAUCAAGACGAAGAUCAUUACCGAUGGUUUGCGGUACUCGCUCGCCACGGGCAACUGGGGCGACCAGAAGAAGGCGCAUCAGGCGAGAGCGGGCGUGUCGCAGGUGUUGAACAGGCUCACCUUCGCGUCGACGUUGUCGCACUUGAGGCGAGUAAACUCGCCGAUCGGAAGGGACGGCAAACUCGCCAAGCCGCGUCAGUUACACAACACGUUGUGGGGUAUGCUAUGCCCGGCAGAAACGCCCGAGGGUGCUGCUGUGGGACUGGUAAAAAAUCUGGCCUUGAUGGCGUAUAUAAGCGUUGGCUCGCAGCCGUCUCCUAUUCUGGAGUUCUUGGAGGAAUGGUCGAUGGAGAAUCUUGAGGAAAUAGCUCCGAGCGCUAUUGCUGAUGCUACUAAGAUAUUCGUGAACGGAUGCUGGGUCGGCAUCCACAGGGAUCCGGAUCAGUUGAUGGCCACUUUGCGCAAGCUGAGACGGCAGAUGGACAUCAUCGUGUCGGAAGUGUCGAUGAUCCGCGACAUCAGGGACCGUGAAAUAAGGAUUUAUACCGAUGCGGGCAGAAUCAGUAGACCCCUGCUCAUAGUGGAGGGACAAAAUCUCUUAUUGAAGAAAAGACACAUCGAUAUGCUGAAAGAAAGGGAUUACAAUAAUGACGGAUGGCAAGAAUUGGUAGGUAGCGGAGUUGUAGAGUACAUAGACACACUGGAGGAGGAAACCGUCAUGAUAGCCAUGUCACCAGACGAUCUGAGGCAGGAAAAGGAGUACGCGUAUUGUACGACCUACACUCAUUGUGAAAUUCAUCCGGCAAUGAUUCUUGGCGUGUGCGCUUCCAUAAUACCAUUUCCUGAUCACAAUCAAAGUCCUAGGAAUACGUAUCAGAGCGCUAUGGGGAAACAAGCAAUGGGCGUGUACAUUACAAAUUUCCACGUGCGUAUGGACACGUUGGCUCAUGUACUGUAUUAUCCUCACAAGCCGUUGGUCACUACGAGAUCCAUGGAGUAUCUGAGAUUCCGUGAGCUGCCGGCCGGCAUUAACAGCAUCGUCGCUAUCCUGUGCUACACAGGAUACAAUCAAGAAGACAGCGUCAUCUUGAACGCAAGCGCCGUUGAGAGAGGCUUCUUCCGAUCGGUGUUCUACCGCUCGUACAAGGAGGCGGAAUCGAAGAAGAUCGGUGACCAGGAGGAACAGUUUGAGAAACCUUCGCGUUCUACCUGCCAAGGAAUGCGUAAUGCUAUAUACGACAAGUUGGACGACGACGGAAUCAUUGCCCCUGGCAUUCGCGUGUCGGGUGACGACGUGAUCAUAGGAAAGACAAUUACUCUACCCGAAACGGACGAUGAGUUGGACAGUACGACCAAGCGUUUUACGAAACGCGACGCGUCCACCUUCUUGCGCAACAGCGAGACCGGGAUAGUCGACCAAGUGAUGUUGACGUUAAACAGCGAGGGAUACAAGUUCUGCAAGAUUCGCGUGCGUAGUGUGCGCAUUCCGCAGAUCGGCGACAAGUUCGCGUCGCGUCACGGGCAGAAGGGUACAUGCGGAAUUCAAUACAGGCAAGAAGAUAUGCCGUUCACCUGUGAGGGUCUCACACCCGACAUUAUCAUCAAUCCCCACGCCAUCCCCUCUCGUAUGACCAUCGGUCACUUGAUCGAGUGCAUACAAGGAAAAGUUUCCGCUAACAAAGGAGAGAUCGGUGAUGCUACACCGUUCAACGAUGCUGUGAAUGUGCAAAAGAUCUCGACGCUUCUGCAGGAAUACGGUUACCAAUUACGAGGAAACGAAGUUAUGUACAAUGGACAUACAGGUCGCAAAAUCAACGCACAAGUCUUUUUAGGGCCGACUUAUUAUCAGCGCUUGAAGCACAUGGUGGACGAUAAGAUUCAUAGUAGAGCAAGAGGACCCGUGCAAAUUCUAGUUAGGCAACCUAUGGAAGGUCGCGCGAGGGACGGUGGACUUCGUUUCGGAGAGAUGGAACGUGACUGUCAGAUUUCUCACGGCGCGGCGCAAUUUUUGAGGGAACGUCUAUUUGAAGUGUCGGACCCAUAUCGAAUUCACAUAUGCAAUUUUUGCGGCCUGAUAGCCAUAGCAAAUUUACGGAACAACACCUUCGAGUGCAAAGGAUGCAAAAACAAAACGCAAAUUUCGCAAAUUAGAUUGCCGUACGCGGCGAAGCUCCUUUUCCAGGAACUGAUGGCGAUGAAUAUUGCACCUAGGCUCAUGAUAAAUUAAUACUAUUCGUACUAUUAUUAAUAUCACUACAUAGAAAUUAGUACUUAGAUUUCUGAAGAGUUUAAUACAACCAUUUUAAUAUUUAUGAUAUUUAUGACGUUGUUUAAUAAGGUUUACCGUCGUCAAUAAAUACUUAAUGUGUGUUAAGUAUUUAUCAAGUAAUGUCUUGAGAAUUUUACAAACUUAACGUUUCAAUUGAGUGAUAUGUUAACAGUCUUAAGUUAGACCUGGUAUGAUACAGUAAUAUUUCUGAAUAAGUAUAUAAUUUUGUAAAUAAAUUUUCUAAGAUACACUAUUUUCUGCAUGUGUCCCAUACAACAUUGUUAAGUCGUGAAUUAAAAAAAAAACAAUAGUUUUGAUAUGUUUCUUAUUUAACGUGAAAUUAAAAUUGCGCUAAUUUCGCACUGCUUAAAUCCUUAUUUUCAAAUCUAAAUAUGCUCUAACGAUUGAUCGGAACAAUUCUUCAUUUGUAAGUAAUACUGUAACGUCGAAUUAAACAAAUUAAACAAGUUUCUAAAUAG